AUGGAACUUCUUUUUUGUGAAGAUAUUAAUGCUGAUUUGCUCCAUUCGCAAUCUUUAGUCGACUCUACAGGUCCUAUAAUAUUCUUUAUACCCGGAAAUCCAGGCUUGAUAAACUUCUAUUGGGAGUUUCUACGGAAUGUAAGUGAAUCCAGCCCGAAGUCUGAAGUUGUGGGUAUUGGUCAUAGUGGAAUGUCUUGUAUGAAGGGCAGUGACCUAGAUAAUGAUAAGGUAUAUACUCUCGACGAGCAGGUUGAAGCAAAAGUGAAAGUAAUUAAUGAAUAUACGUCGGCUAAUCCUGCGAGAGUGGUGACGCUUAUGGGGCAUUCGAUAGGAUGCUACAUGAUCCAAAAGAUAGUUAUGCAUGAGAAAUUCGAUGCAUCGGUUGAACAUAUUAAGCUUUUGACGCCGACUAUUAUCGACAUCCACAGAAGCAGAAAAGGUACGCAACUCACAAGAAUCAGUGAGUGGUGUCCAAAACUCUACGACUAUAUCACAUUAAUGGAUAGUAUUAUAUUCAAUUGGUUGCUUCCUGUUGGCAUUACUGAAUGGUUAGCAUCGAAGCUCAUCGGAAAGAGCGAUGAAUGCGUGCUGAAAAGUCUAUCUCAGUUGUUGCUAAACCCGAGCUGCGUUAAGCAAGCACUUGGGUUAGCUCAGCAUGAAAUGAGCCAGGUGAGAAACCAAUGGGACUUUCAAGAAGCAUUUAUAAAAACAACGCAGGCCAAUGGAAGUAAGCUACAAAUUAUAUUCACGAAGGGUGAUCACUGGGUUCAUCCAGACACAAUGAAGGACAUCAUUGAACUAUAUGAAGCAAAGUAUACCAAUUCUUUGUCAAAGUUGUUACAUAUCUCCAUCACUGAUGAAUUCACGCAUUCAUUUGUUGUAGGGGACACUAUGAAAGUGGUCAAUCUACUAUUAAGUUAUCAGUAG